AAAUUGCCCAAAGCGGCAACGACUUUUCCCCUUGGUCCCCGCUUUCGCGUCGCAGCCGUCGCGUCUCCUCUUGCCGCCUCGGCGCCUCCCCCCUGUGCCGAUCAGAGCCGAGAUCGCCGCGGAUUCCUCGGCCUCUAAUCAGCACCCGCGGCUCCCUGGUUCGCGCGCCGCCUCGGGACCCUCGCCUCCUCCUCCUCGGCGGCGACCCAUGGCCCUCCUUGCCCCCGCCAUCUCCGGCGAGGUGGGUUUGCGACUCUUACUGGCGCCACUAAGCUCUAAUGUAGUCAUCCGUACAGCCAGUUGUGCAGUGGGGAUUGGUCUACCUGUAUACUCCACUUUCAGAGCUAUAGAAAAGAAGGAUGAGCAGGAGAAAGAGCGGUUGCUCUUGUAUUGGGCAGCAUAUGGAUCUUUUAGCAUUGUGGAGGUCUUUGCAGAUAAGCUUCUUUCAAGUGUUCCUCUCUAUUAUCAUGUGAAGUUUGCUGUCCUUGUGUGGCUCCAGUUCCCCUCAAAUGGUGGAUCAAAGCAUGUAUACAGAAGGUACCUGCGUCCAUUUUUCCUGAAGCACCAAGCAAAAAUUGAUAGAUUUCUGAAUAUCCUGUCCAAGGAACUUACGAAGUUUGUCAGCAGCCACGAAGAUGAAAUUCGUUUUGUAGAGAACAUGGCCAUCAGAGGUGCUACAACAGCAAACUACAUAGUAAAUGGUCUCGACCAACCUGGACAAUCAGAAGCAGUUAAUACAAUUGAAGGUCCACAUUCAGCUGCAACGGAAGAAGCUGGCGUGUCGGGAACUGAAACUUAAGUUGAACCUGCGAUCUCUGCUCGCGAUGUCUCUGGCACAGCAAAUAGCAUCCAGCUUGUUUGGAUUGUGAAUAUGACUGUUCUUGAAAGGAUGAGUCUAGAAACUAUGUUUUUAGCUUUAGCUAGAUAAGUAUCAUCCAGAGCCAUUUAGAUUUGGGUGUUGGGAAAACUUGCAGCAUCCAGUUUUCAUUGAUGUAUAAAUAUGACUGGCUGUUUGCAUUUUCGUUAUCUAAGUUGUGUCAUUGUGUGUCAGCUGUAAGUUUCAGCUAAGCCGUUUGAAUCUUGCAUCGAACAAUCUUCAACUGAGUUCUAUUCCAGCAUUUCUUUA